AGGGAGAAAGAGACAAACAGAGCAGUAGACGAUGAAGACGACGAACCAGAGGGACCGACGAACCAGAGGGUGUGUCCGAGUAUCUGAACCACAGAGAGAGAGAGAGGCGAAGACCCCUAAGUCGCGACUUCAGACCAGGCAGCCAGAGACCACUUCGAACAACAGGCGACGACUUCGAACAACAGGUGUGAAUGCCGGCCGGACCUAGGGUUUUGGACGUGACUCUGAUAUCAUGUGAACAUUGGGCUCAACUCAUUGAAAUCAAAUUUGCAAAGAUGAAUGUGGAAGGGUGUGUAGUUCCUGAGCAAUUGAAGCCAACUGUUGUUUUGACGGGAACAGCUGAGGAAGGGAGAGCUGGACCUCCUAUUGGUAUGAUGGACAUUGGUGUUAGUGAAAAGGCCUACCUUUGUCGGAUUGCCCUACCUGGUCUUCGGAACAAUGAAAAUAAUUUUACUUGUGAUAUCCAGCGUGAUGGAAGAGUAAAUAUACAUGGAGUUGUAACAGGUGGAGCUUUGAAAGAGUCGUCGACUGCAUAUGAGAUGAAAGUGCAGCAACUAUGUCCACCUGGUCAGUUCACUAUUUCCUUCAAUUUGCCUGGACCUGUUGACCCUAGACUAGCUUCACUCAAUUUUAGGUCUGAUGGAAUCCUCGAAAUUGUUAUAUUCAAGCCGAGGUCUACCGUUUGAUCAUAUUAAUAAAGUAUGAAGUUUAAUCGUUCUAUUGUACUGAGAACUUUUCCUCAAGGCUGCAGUUCGUUAAAUGUUGGUCUUAUUGCCUUGUACUUCCCGGUUUGGUUUUGGAGAACAGUGGUGAUUUUGAUUUUGAUGUUGAAGAACCAUUGAUUAUUAUGAACAGUGAGGAAUCAAUGUAUGUUGCAUUUCAUUCGGUUUUUUAGAAUCAUCCUCCUAUUCUCCAUUGAUAUUUAUUAAGAGCUCAUUCGAUUU